CGGCCCGCGCGAGAACGAGCGGCGGGGCAGGAAGGGCCGGACCUUGCGGCAUCGCCUGCGGAGAGGGCCGGGCGCCGACCCUGCGUGUGGCCGCGCUCGGCGGCGGCGGCAGCGACUCCCCCGGGGCUCGGGCAGGACAGCGCAGGGCCAUGGCCGAGGCGGCUUCGGCUCCGGUAAGGGCGGCCCGCACGCGGACCGACACCCGGACUCGCGGCCCCGGGGACGGUCUGCGUGUCCCAGGCUCAGCGGCCCGGCCUGGGGUCUCGGUUCAGCAGCUGGACAUGGAGACUCAACGCUCAUCACCUCUGUCAUUCCCCAAUGUUCCUCAAGAAGAAACCCUGCGCCAGGCCCCCGCCGGACUGCCCCGAGAAACUCUGUUCACAUCCCGUGUUCUCCCCCCCAAAGAAAUUCCUUCUUUGUCUCCCACCAUUCCCCGGCAAGGCUUCCUACCCCAAACUCCCAGUGCUCCCAAGCAAGAGACUUCUGGCCGAAUGCCGCAUGUCCUCCAGAAGGGACCUUCACUCCUGUAUCCCCCCGCUUCUGAGCAAGAGACUCAUCUCCAGUGCCCCCUGGUUUCCCAAGAAGAAACCCAGUAUCCACCCCCAACUGCUGCUGAACAAGAAGUCUCACUUCUCUCCCACUCCACCCACCAUCAAGAAGCCCCACUGCAUUCCCCUGAAGUUCCUGAGAAAGACCCUCUGACUCUCUCUCCCACAGUUCCCGAGUCUGACAUGGACUCCCUGCUCCAGAGCCCAGUCUCCCAAAAGGACACUCCCUUCCAGAUCUCUUCUGCAGCCCAGAAGGAAGCAUCACUUCCGACGGCAGAGAUCACCCGCUUGGCUGUGUGGGCUGCCGUCCAGGCGGUGGAGAGGAAGUUGGAGGCCCAGGCUAUGAGGUUACUAACCCUGGAGGGCAGGACUGGGACAAAUGAAAAAAAGAUAGCUGACUGUGAGAAGACGGCCGUGGAGUUCGCUAACCAUCUGGAGAGCAAAUGGGUUGUGCUGGGGACCCUUCUGCAGGAGUACGGGCUGCUGCAGAGGCGGCUGGAGAACAUGGAGAACCUGCUGAAAAACAGAAAUUUCUGGAUCCUGCGGCUGCCCCCAGGCAGCAAUGGAGAAGUCCCCAAGGUUCCUGUAACCUUCGAUGAUGUUGCUGUCCAUUUCUCGGAGCAGGAAUGGGGAAACCUGUCCGAGUGGCAGAAGGAGCUCUACAAGAACGUGAUGAGGGGCAACUAUGAGUCUCUGGUUUCCAUGGACUAUGCAAUUUCCAAACCAGACCUUAUGUCGCAGAUGGAGCGAGGGGAGAGGCCGACCAUGCAGGAACAGGAAGACUCUGAAGAGGGUGAGACGCCCACAGAUCCUAGUGCUGCACACGACGGGAUCGUGAUUAAGAUCGAGGUGCAGACCAAUGACGAGGGCUCAGAAAGUUUGGAGGCACCUGAACCUCUGAUGGGGCAAGUGGAAGAACAUGGCUUUCAGGACUCGGAGCCGGGCGACCCCUGUGGAGAACAGCCUGACCUGGACAUGCAGGAGCAGGAAAAUACAUUGGAGGAGUCCACAGAAGGCUCUGGAGAGUUCAGCGAGCUCAAACAGAUGUUGGUGCAGCAGAGAAACUGCACAGAAGGGAUCGUGAUAAAAACUGAGGAACAAGAUGAAGAGGAGGAAGAGGAAGAGGAAGAUGAGCUGCCCCAGCACUUACGGUCCCUCGGGCAGCUGUCCGGGAGAUACGACGCCAGUAUGUACCAGACCCCGCUGCCGGGGGAGAUGUCUCCCGAAGGCGAGGAGAGCCCCCCACCCCUGCAGCUGGGCAACCCGGGGGUGAAGAGGCUGGCACCCAGCUCCCACGGGGAACGACACCUGAGCGAGAACCGGGGGUCCUCGAGCCAGCAGCAGCGGAACCGCCGCGGCGAGCGGCCCUUCACCUGCAUGGAGUGCGGCAAGAGCUUCCGGCUGAAGAUCAACCUCAUCAUCCACCAGCGCAACCACAUCAAGGAGGGGCCCUACGAGUGCUCCGAGUGCGAGAUCAGCUUUCGGCACAAGCAGCAGCUCACGCUGCACCAGCGCAUCCAUCGUGUCCGCGGCGGCUACUCCUCGCCGGAGCGUGGGUCUGGCUUCAACCCCAAACACACGCUCAAGCCGCGGCCCAAGUCACCCAGCUCCGGUAGCGGGGGCGGUGGCCCCAAGCCCUACAAGUGCCCCGAGUGUGACAGCAGCUUCAGCCACAAGUCGAGCCUGACCAAGCACCAGAUCACGCACACGGGCGAGCGGCCCUACACGUGCCCCGAGUGCAAGAAGAGCUUCCGCCUGCACAUCAGCUUGGUGAUCCACCAGCGCGUGCACGCGGGCAAGCACGAGGUGUCCUUCAUCUGCAGCCUGUGCGGCAAGAGCUUCAGCCGCCCGUCGCACCUGCUGCGCCACCAGCGGACUCACACGGGCGAGCGGCCUUUCAAGUGCCCGGAGUGCGAGAAGAGCUUCAGCGAGAAGUCCAAGCUCACCAACCACUGUCGCGUGCACUCGCGCGAGCGGCCGCAUGCCUGCCCCGAGUGCGGCAAGAGCUUCAUCCGCAAGCACCACCUCCUGGAGCACCGGCGCAUCCACACGGGCGAGCGGCCCUACCACUGCGCCGAGUGCGGCAAGCGCUUCACGCAGAAGCACCACUUGCUGGAGCACCAACGCGCGCACACGGGCGAGCGGCCCUACCCCUGCACGCACUGCGCCAAGUGCUUCCGCUACAAGCAGUCGCUCAAGUACCAUCUGCGGACCCACACGGGCGAGUGAGCCCGGCGCCCCGCCACCGGCUCCGCGGGCAGGGUGCGCGGGGCCGAGCCCCCGGGACACCCGCCGCGGCCGCCGGGGGAAGGCCUGAGCCCACCGGGCGGGGGCGGGGCAGGGUGGACCCAAAGCCCCUUUGCUGUGAGCUCCCCUCCCCUUCCGUCCCUCCCGCUAAGGACAUCGGGGUAGUGAGACCAGGUCGUUGGCUGCCAUUGUGUACCCCCGCGGCCCCAGGGGGGAGAGCGCGGACCUGGGGAACCCCUUCGGGUUGUUAAUUUCCUUGACAAUAAAGUGGAUGAAACCAAUCAGCACGGGGGGAGUGAUUUGGCCGCCGGCCAGUCGGAGGGGCGGGGCAGGGCAAUUUAGUUGGGAAUAGAACUUUAUAAUUACCUUUUGGAUACUGUGGUUCUAUUUGAUAAUAAUAGAGUAAUUUUUAAAAGACGAGCGUUUCCUGUUUGCCGUUUUUGUUUGGUUUUGAAGGGGAUGGGUUGAGAAUGUGGCCCCGGUGACAUGUGCCUAUUGUCAGUCGAAAGGCUUUACUGAGUAUCUUUUAUCUGUUCCUUCCGUGUUGGGUGGUGAGGGGGUUGUAGAUCCCGCUGCAGGCGAGUUUGUAAUCUAAAAGGAGAGACAGGACUGACAAACUUGAAACGGUACAAAAGUCGAAGAAAGGGUAAAAGCAACUGGCUGUAGACCAUCCUAUGUGCCCUGCGAGGAUAGUGGGAUUUCAGGAAGGGAAUAGGUUUCAUUUGACUGGAAUGAUCAAGGAAGAGUGACAAUCAGAUUUAUAAUGGGCUGGAAAGACAGAUCUGGCCAAAGUGCUUCCCUCCCAUCCAAGCAGCCUUUCUGCCCGGCUUGACAUGAAGCUGGUGGUGGGGUAGCAUAGCCUGAGGCAUGCAGAGGUGUAGGGAAGGAGUGGCGCCAAUCUUUGGAAAAGCCACAAAAGGCAGCAGAACAUUUUUUAUUUGAAUGUUGCACCCAGUUACUCUAGAUUUGUUGAAUGCAUGGACUACACUUUGGUUUUGCUAGGUAUUCAUUCAUUUCCAGGCACCUCUAGGGAGGCAUGGAAAGAGGAACUACAGACAUUACUUUGCCCACAGAGCUCUUCACUUUCACUCUGCUACUGGGCUUGGCAGUGACCCAGAGAGCAUUAAGGGCCAUUUGAAGGGCCAAUUUCCCAAGGCUAGCAGAGUGCCAGGCUCACCCAUGUAAACUGGGGAGGCCAGACUUCUGCUGAUGGUCACUGAGGCUGUCCUGAGAGGAAAGACCUGCCAAGCUGGGCAAAGUAAGUUGUGAGUUUAGGGGUGGAGAGAAAGGACAGGGGUCAGGAUACUUAAAGGGAUUUCAAAAAAGGGAAUUUGGAGAAAGACAGUGAUACAUUUUUACUUUGAAGAGAUCACAGAGAUCAUCAAAGCCCCACCCCUCAAGCAAAACUGAGGCACCAAGAUGGGAAGUGAUGCCCCAAGACCUCACUUUGAAAAGAUAACUUCUCUGUUUACACUGAAAAUUUCUCAAAAGGAUGGUAGGACAUUAAGGAAGGCAACCAGAGGAAGGAACAGAGACCUGUGCUGGCAUGAAGGGGACUGGAGAGGAGGCCAGUCCCUGCUCUGAUCUCAAGAACCAGCUGGAAGGCUGAGACAGAGAUACGGGAGCAGGUAAUUACAUCAAUGUACAGUAAAUACUAAGUGCCAAAUGGAAAAUGCACUGCAGAGUAUGGGAGGAGGGAGCCUGGAGGAGUCAAGGACAGCUUCUCCAAGGAGGUAGAAUCUGAGCCGGUGUUGAAGGAUAGGGAGGAUUUGCAUAGAUGAGACCAAUGAGGAAGGCCUUCCAGGUGGAGGUCUUUGAAGCAGAAGUGUGGAAGGUGGGCUCAAAGUAUAGUUAGGAAACAGUGAUUGAUUAAACCCACUGAACUGGAGAAAGGACUUAUGUAGAAAAAACCUGGUCAAAAAGUUGGCUUGGAAUAGACUGGAGGUGCAGAGGGUCUUGAAUUAAAUACUUCAAGACCAUGGAGUUUGAAUUUGAUCUUGUAUGAGAAACUAAGGAAGAUUGUUGAGCAUGACAGAGACAUAAUGCAAACAAGUAUCAAGAGAAUUAAUGUGAUGGUGAAGGGAAACUUAUUUAGUCAAAGACAUGGGGGAACCAGCAGUAUCAAAUGGAAAGGUCACAAAGUGGAAUUUGUGGAUGGAGGCUGAGAGGAUGACAGGGGAAACCAGUAGUAGUAAUAGUAGUAUUUGUUGUUAUUGUUGAUAUCAGGAUUUUUGAAGCCUAAAGAGAAAUUAGCAGAGGUAUUUUGGAGAUAUUUGUUGGAAGGCCAUUGCUGCUCAAAAUCUUUAUCACUCCUGGAAUUUGAGGAUCAAAGAGUGCUGAAGAUGUUCAGACUUUAGUGGGAGACCAUGGCACUUUGGGGUGUAAUCCAGGUUAGAGACUCAGAGGGUAACUUCAUUUGUUAUCACCACAUCCUCAGUAACACUGUGAAGUCAAGGGGGGGUAGUAUUUAUGAGCCUCCUUUUCCUAUGAAAUCUGGUUUUUAGAAGGAUUAAAACAAAUCUUGCCCGUCUAGGCUGUCAGGGAUUCUCUGUACUUCCAUCUUCCCUUUCUUGGCUCUAACCCCCCUUUAUGCCUUUUCCUCCUAGGUGUCUGGUGCCAUAGCUCCAAAAUUAUUCCCCUCUGUUCUGCCUCCUGCUACCAUCAGGAUUCUCACUUUCCUUCUGCUGUAAUUUCAUCUGGCAAUCAGGGCAACGUCAAAUAGAGGAUGGUCACUAACAUGUGACAGACUGUGGAGUCAAAAAGUAUGGAUUUAAACCUCUGACCUUGCCACUUAGUUGUGUGACCUUGAACAAAUUAAUUAACUUCUCUGAACAUCAAUCUCAUCUGUUAAAUGGGUAUAAUAAAGUUUCCAUUGGUCUGAGGAUUAAAUAACAUCGAGAAUACAUAUGUAGCAGGUCUCAAAAUAAAAGUUUGGUAAUUUCAUUUUUAGUGUAUAUCUAAUGACAGUUUAGUAAAAACAGAAGUUCAGGAAAGUAGUGGGAUGUUGUAUCCUGAAAGAAUGAAUCUCUGAGAAGGAAGUUUUCAUAAAAUUAUUUUGGUGUGAGGAAGUUCAACUCAAACCAUGCAGGCAACUAAAUCUUGGUCCUGAUGUCACAGGCCAGGGGUUUAAACUCACUUGUCAGCUGUAUGCCAGUGUUUCCAGUGAGUUAGAGCCCACCUCACUGGAUUUGCUGCUACUCUUUCAUGAUACUUUCCUUUCAAUUACAAAGCCAGACUUUCAAACUCCUAAGUUGACAGUUAUUGUUGUCCCCGUGGAAUUGUGUACCAGAAAUAAUAAGUGACAUUUAUGGGUAGUUUCUUACUUUCAAAGACUUUAUUAAAUGUUUCCUCAGAACUCUGGGGUAUGCAUAAUUAUACAUACCCAUUUUAUAGGUAAUGAGCUCGAAGGCCCAAAGUCACAUAGAAACUGAUGGAGCCAGGACUUUUGACUCUAAAGCCCAUAUGCUUAGCCACAAAUUCUCUCCCUGGCAAUGGAAUGGUUAUUGAAAAUUGAAAAGCCAGUACCUUUUUCAAAUUAUCCCAUUUUAUCCUCAGGUUUUUUUAAAAUUUAAGACACAAUUGAGGAAAAUGUAACGUAUCAAGCAGAACAUGCUCUGACAUAUGUUUGCUGAAAUUAUGGAAAUAGUAAUAGAAUGAAAAAGAAUUUUAGAACCAGAAAAGACUUUAGAGUUAAGCCCUAUCAGUUUACAGCUGGAGAAAUCAAGAUGGAGAGGAGCAUGGGUGUCUGCUCUAGCUCACUCACUCGCUGGUGAGAGGAAGUGAAUGAAGCAGGAUGCAGAUCUGGUGCCCAUGGGGUGUUCACUGUCAUACAACCCCCCCAAUAUUUAUUAAGCACCGCUUGUGUGCAAAGCAUUGUGCAGGGCUCCAUGGACAAACACAAAAGGAUUAGAAGACCAUGCACUGUCUUGCCAGUACUUAGAAUCUGGUGGAGACUUUGUGGCUUUAUUUUCUAAACCAAGCCUUUGCUGGUCUGGAAAAGCUGGGACCAUCAGGGAGACAUUUAGGCAGCUAUUUUUAACAAGGAGAAAGCCACAUCUCUGUCUUUUCUGUGUUCCUCUUUUUACUCAGUGUGGCAUUAACUAGCCAGGUGUCUGUGGGAGACCUUUCCUGAGGCACUGCGGUGGCAGCUACUCAGAUUAAGGGAUCAGGGACUGAGGCCCUCCAGGCCCUGUUGUUGCCAGGGCAACGGUGAGUUAGGCCAGGGCCUCUCCUCCUGCUUUCUGGAGAGCGUUUGGGCUUCUGAAGCCUCUUAUUGCUUCCCAAUCAUAGUGGGAAUUUCUAGAAUUAAAUUUUUUAAAACAUCAAUUCUACAUUUACCAUUUCUGUCUGGGUUCCUUGAAAUGAGAAUUUUUAGUUAAAACAUAGACUCGAACCCUUUUAUUUCUGUUUUCUACAAAGCGUACUCCAGGCUAAAAGAAUUUAAAAAUUAAGAAAGAAAGGUGUAAAGGAAGGAAGAAAGAAAAGAAAAAGCAAAUCUAGUCCGACCGAUAAUGAUUUUACUUGAAAACUUCCUGUCAGAAGCCUUGAAUUUGUUAAGGAUAAUAAUAACCACUUUGAUUUAUUGACUCUUACCUUGUAAGAUUACCUUAGCACUGUGCUAAGUAAGUGCUUUCAUUUCAUUUUAUCAUCUGAAACCAUCUGUGAAAUCGGUUUCCAGCCCAAGGUCCCUCUGCCAGAAUUUCAACCUAAGUCUGAGGGACCCGAAAUGUGUGCUGCCUCCCAUUUUUUUCAACAUAGAUUCUUAAUAAAGAAGGCAAAACAGUACUAUUUCUCUCUGAUUUGCAGCUUGGACCUGGCUGAAAGCUCUCUGUGGCCAGCCUUGCCAGAGAACUGUUGGGAUGGGCGCUAGAGUUCACCUGACCUGGCAGUCUUGGUGGCUGGAGCGCCAAUCUAGCCCCAGUUUCAACUGAGCCCCCCUCUUCCUGAGGAAUUUUGGGAAGAGAGCUAUUUUUUAAGGCAAGAUACCCCCCUUCUGUUUUUCUAAGGCUGGGACCAAAGAAGUAAUUCAUUUAACAGUCAGAGAAAUAGUGGGGUGAGGGAAAUUACUAUAAGGAAAAUAUCCUGUUCUCUUGGUAAACUAACAUUUGCACUCCUG